AUGUCUUUGAAUGCCAAUGAUGAAUUAGAUCUUUCACAUCCAUGGUUGAUUGAGUUUCAUUCGGACGACAAUCAGGAAGCGAGUAAUGCUGUGGACAACGUUGUACAACAAGUUGAAAGAAUGAAAAUUAUUGAAUCGUAUGAAAGUGCAUAUUCUGGGGUUUCGAAAUCAUGGAUGGAACAUGAAAAAUUGACAGGCGAAAUCAUCAAUCAAGCAGCGAAACGAGCUGCAGCCGAAACUUUCAAAAACAUUUGUGUUUAUCACCCAACUCAAAACCAUAAGUCAUCGCGAAAUGGAUCAAAUAUUAGACCUGAUUUUGUUAUUGCAUGGAGCUGCGAUGGUGCUCGAAAGAAUACAGCUAUUGUAGAUGCUAAGGAUCAUCAUGGACACGUUCCACGCAGUGAAUACGACAAAAUUCGUCGGGAUAUGAAAGAGACUCAAGCAACACGAGGUAUUCUUGUCCUUGGAAAACAUGCAUCCAUCAGUGAUAAACUACGUGAUGAUAUCGAAAAAGAUAACAGAGUUGAUAUUGUUCACGUCAGUAAUAAUCGAGAUGAGACAAUUCGUCAAGUUUCACAACAUAUUGUCAAAAUUGUUGAUCCAAACUUCGUUCUCGAUGAUCAACGAUGGAAAACAUAUGAGCCAUAUGUUAAUAUGACUGAACAUCCAAAAGAACGAAGACUCAAUCGACAUGGAGAUAGUUCUCAUUACACAUCCGAUAGUAUUUAUUAUCGUUUGAAUUAUCCUAAGAAACAAGAUGGUACCAUCGAUGAACGAUACGCAGCCAAUCAAGAUAGAAAUAGAAAUGGAGGACCCGAUAUGCGUAUGAUACAUAAUAAAACACAACAAGCUCAAGAACAACAUUUAAAUCAAGAUGGAUCAAAUGACAUGCGCAAUAAAGAACAUCGUGAACAACUAAUCGAUGAUACUGGUCAUCAUACAAAUACAGAUGGAUCACUUGAUAUGCGUUUUAAAGAAAAUAAAGAAGAAUCAUCACCCACUAGUCCGUCGAUUGUUAACAACGAACAAAAUACAGACAAUGACGAUAUGCGUUUGAAAGUGAAUCGAGCAGAUGUAGUUGAUAGUGAAGGUCAUCGUCAAAAUAUCGAUGGUUCUCCAGAUAUGCGUUGUAAAGAAAAUCAAGAAGACGCAAAUCCAUCGGAAGGAUAUAAUCAAAUAAACACAGAAAUUCCAACCAAAAACGAUGGUACAGUCGAUAUGCGAUAUACGAUAAGCAAAGAAGCAGUUGCUUCAGGUGUAAUCACAUCUGACGAAAAUCUUGUCGAGACAAAUGAAUCAUCAUCAGUGAAUGGAAAUGAAAUAACUUCUCAAGAAUCUUUUUUGAAUGAUAUUCCAACAAAAAACGACGGUACAGCCGAUAUGAGAUAUUCAGCUAGUCAAGAUGCAGUAGCAUCUGGAGAUAUUAGUCGUGAUCAAGUUCUAACUGAAGGAACGAUGGGAGGUGUUGGUGAUGGUCCUUUAAAAGCGGAUGGUACACCAGAUAUGCGCUUUAGCACUAAUCAAUAA